CAGUGUCAGCGAUCGCUCCGUCGUCGUCGUCGUCGUCGGUGUUGUUAUCAUGACGGCCGCCGUGCAAGUGUCGUCGCCGCCGCCGCGGCUACUCGCGUCCGCCGCGUUCCUGUCGUGCCUGUUCUGGUCCGCGUCUACUACUACCGCCGACCACUUUAACGCCUCGCUGUCGGCCAGCGGCAACGCGCUGUGGGACGAUCUGUUGGGCAAGUGCGACGGUCCCAGGACGACCAUGGACUGCGUCCGCAGCAGACUAUACAACUACGUGAACGGCACGUUCGACGGCGACAUCAGCGUCACCGACGGCAUCAGGUUCACCAGGAACGCCAACGACUACGAGGCCCUGUGCGCAGGUUCCGACAACGGCACCGUGCCGCCAGCCGGCGCUUACAGACAAGCCAGGGAUUCGCCGAGUCCCGCUGACGCAGAAGAGGCGAACAAAGUGGAAGACGACCAUUGGUCGCAUGUGACCGAUUCGCUGUACGACAAAGGCGCCAAAUACUUGAUGACCCACGACUUUGAAGCCUCUGUGCCAGGUUUUUUGAGUGGCGGUCCCGGAGCUAAGGUCCGGUUGUCGCCCAAGAAUAUCUUGCCCGAUGGCGGCGUCAUACUCAGGAUGGAUUUUCUGCCGGCGGUCACUGGCACCCAAAACCAGAAAGAAGAUAGGGCGCCGAGAUUCCUGCACAAGAAAAUGAAGCAAAUGUUCAAAAAGAAGCUCCUCACCAGCUUUCUGGCGCUGUUGCUGAUCGUCAAACUGAUCAAAAUCAAACUGUUUUUCCUGUUGCCCCUCAUCGUGGGCGUGGGGACCGCCAAAAAAAUUCUACUCAAAGUGCUGCUCCAUCUCUUCCCGCCGCUCUCGCAUCUGUUCAAAAUGUGUUCGUACUAUCAUCAUAACGCCGCCAAAUUUCACUUCCAUCAUCACAAGCAGAUAAAGCAUCAUCAUCAUCACAUCAAGGUGCCGGUGCCAGUGCCGAUACCUGCCAAGCCACCGGUCUACCAUCACGAUGACUUGAUCUACACCGGCGCCGUACUGGAUCAUCCUCCAGGACCUUACGAUUCGCCUGAGAUCCCGGGCAAUGAGUAUUACAAUCGAUUGGACAUGGCCAACGUAGUGUCGGAUCAUGGUGACGAGCUGGCUAGUUGGGGCUUAGGUGAAAAUGGAGAAGCAACGCCGAAUUACGAACCACCACCGCCACCGCCCAUGAGGUAUGGCGGUGGUCCACAGCUCAUGACUCCUUCGUAUCCGCAUGCAGAAAAAUACAUCAAACGAGGAGACGAAAAUGGAAUGAUCGGUGUAAGCCGGGUACCUCAACAGGCGCCACACGACCCAGUUUUCGGUCCAAUAUUGUAUAAGCUGGAAGAAAUAUUCAGAGAGCUUCACAUCAGUGACGAACCUUGCAAGGAGAAGCUGGUGUGUAGGAUGUACGGCAACCCGGGACGGUACAGUCCGCAUAGCAACCUGGUGUCGGCUCAGCUCAGCAGUGAAACUGCAGCCAGCUCAGCUGGAAGAGCGGGCACGAGCGCCGACGCUUCUCGUCUAUGGAAGUACAUACAAGCAGCCAAAGAAGGGCAAAACGGCGAGGAUUGUCGCACCGUAUACCCGACUUGCACCCUGGUCGGGCUUCGUUGACCGGACUGACGACAAAGGACCAAACCAACGCUAAAUGGUCCAACCAUUAUUUAACUGCAGUCGACAAAUCAAAAUACAACGACGGGUCGAUUUCGAAUAAAUUUGCCACCCUCGCCCGUCUCUUCCCUACCACACCCCGCCGGGUUCGCUGUAUAGUAACACAUUAUCUAUACUUACAACGCUCAGUAAUCCCAACGAGAUUGCAAUUUAUUUAUUUAUCAUUUGUUCUCGGUCGCGACAACCGAGAUACGAUAUUUAUUAUUAUACAAUAUAUUCCUUAUGUUUAACUCGGUAAAUAUUUAAUUUUAGUUCAACGUUGUACACGCAUAUCUAGUCACGUGAUUAAAAAAAAAACAAAUAGUUGAUAUAGGGCAGCGGUCAUAGAUAUACCUAACCCGGAAAACUAAAAUCAUCGUAAUUUAUAAUAAUAUAUAUUAUAGAAUAUUUUUGUUUCCUCGAUAUAGUUAGGACUGCGACGUUAGAUUUAUUUAUUUAUUUUUUCUAUUAAAAUCGGUAAAUCUCUGCACGCUGCUCUUUACGCCAAAUUAGAGGUGCUCGGUCGUUUCGAGCCACGGCCUCUAUUCUUAACCAUGGCAAAAUAAACGGCCAUGUCGACAACUGGUGGUUUCGAUUUGCACGAUUUCGACUGCCGGCUUGCUCCCUUCAGAAAAACCAGCGGACGCCUCGUGGUUACCACCAGAUGCCGACAUACCUGUAUAUUUUUGCCACGUUCUUCACAAUAUAAUAAUGAGAUUAAUGAAAUGGUUAUUACUUAGUAUAAUUAUUGUCACUGCAAUCGUGCUCUCUAACGAUACCAUGUUUUGUACAGCGACCGAUAAAAUAUGUACGAUGAUAGUGUAUUAGUAGUUUCUUGUUAUGGAAUUUUUCGGUAAAACAAAUUGUUUAAAUUUUAGGUAGGCAGUCAUUACUUUUUUUUUUUUUUAAGUGUCCAUAAUAAUAAUUAUACGUAUAUUAAUUAUUAUUAUCAUUGUAAUUCGUUUGAAAAAAAAAAUAAUGUGAUAGAAAAUAACGCCUCAACUGUGUACAUAAAAUACAAUAUUAUAUUAUAUUAAUAUAUUUUAAACGUUAUUUAAAUGCUAGAUUUUGUAAAAUUAGUAUCCACUCUAAUUUAAUAUUAGAUUAUUUGCGCAUCCAACGUUCACAUCUAGGGUCUGUAGGGGUAAUAAUAAAACCGAUUAGUUUUAUUUACAAAUAACCAAAACAUUGUACAAUAUCUUAUUUAAUUUUAUAAUACGUUAACAUUGUAUUAUUAAGCCUUAUUUACAAUUACCCACAGUCAACCCUAUAUAAUUAUCAUCAUAGUUUGACGUGUACUAAAAUAUGUUAAGUACCUAUUUAGUUUUUAUAUUUUAUGUAUGUUAUGUGGAUUUCUUUGUUUUGCUAAUUGUCGAUCAAAUAGAUUAUAAUAUGCUAUAAUGUGUAA